AUGUCGAAUGCUAAUCAAAAGGAAAAUGUGCCUUCCCUUGGUUUACCAAGGACGCAUGGUACACUAAAUGUGAAUGCUUUGAAGGCCACUGAUAUUUUAAAACAUAAGGGUAAACUAAAUGAGGUAAAUAGUGAUCAGUCGACUACAAAUGAGAAUGAUGAAGUUCAGGAAGAGGCUGUGUUUCUAGAUGAUCCUGUUCAUUUCACUAGGGUAUCAUCAUCUUCUGAAUUGAGUGCAGCCUUGUCAGUUAAUACCACAGAGCAAGAACAAGAUGAAGAGAAAGGCACCGAACAUGCUGAGCUUGAACCAGCCGAAGAAGAUACAGUCGAAGUUGAUACGAUAAGGAACAACGGUGAUAAAACAUAUUCUACUAUCAGAGAAUCCGCAUCUGAUUUUGAAACAACAAACAAUACACUUAUAGAAAUAUCGAAGAACUCAUCUACCUAUUCUAGUACGGAGUUUCUUAAUAAUAAUAAUAAUGGUAUUAGUAACAGUAAUAGAGCCACUAUCGAUUCAGAGAGUAAAUUGAGAAUGAACAAACUCCGGGAAGGCAGCUCAACAAGUUUGAGCAAUGAUAGUAAUGGUUUCAAUGGAAUGAUAUCAAGUAACCAAGCAUCUACUGUUUUAAGUACACCAUCGCAAAAGCCAAGCUCUACUACUAAUACAAUAACCAAGGCAAAUAAUGGCGGAUCAACAAGAGCCCAAAAAGAAAAACAUACUUCACCUAAGCUGCCGAGUACAGUCACUGCGCCAUCGAGUCAUAGAAAGUCUGCGGACCUAUCGAAGACAAAUAAGUUACCGAGUACUACUGCGAAAAGAACACCUAAACAAGCAGUUACAUCGUCGUCACCAAAAGAGCCUGCAAAAAGGAAAAGUAGUACAAGUAAGAUGAAAGGUAUGUUCUCAUCGUUGGUGCAGAACAUGAAGAGAAAUUCAAGUGAUAAUAGAAAGUCUGCAUCAAGUCUAAGCAGUGUAUCAUCGUCGUCGUCUUCGACACUCAAAAUAUCGACACCAUACAAUCCAAAGCAUAUCUAUCAUGUUGGUGUAGAUGCAAGGACAGGUGAAUAUACAGGCUUACCGGAGGAAUGGGAGAGGCUGUUGGCAUCUAGUGGUAUAUCGCGAAAGGAACAACAGCAGAAUAUGCAAGCAGUUAUUGAUAUUGUUAAUUUCUAUCAAGAUGUUGCCGAUCAUACUGGUGAAGAGAAGGUCAUAAAGACAUUCGAUCCGAAGAAACAGAAUCCUUUGGUUAGAGAUUCUCUGAGUAAAUAUGAACAAGUUGAUGAUAAUAGGACGUCAUAUGCUUCCGGGGGAACCCCUACUCUGGAACAAAAUGGCUUCCACACCUCCAGCACCCCAAGAUCAAGAACUAGUCUGACCUCACCAACAGCUGGUUAUAGUAUGAUUAGCACACCACCCAUGGCUACACAAGAGAAAUAUAUACCUACCAGACCGGCGCCAAAACCACCGGGACAGCAAACGCCAUCGAGCAAUGCUUCGUUAACACCUAAGAUGCAAAAUGCAACAAUGUCACCAAUCAAAGAAAAUAUAAGCAGUCCGGUUACUAAAUCGGAAGUUGAUGAUGAGUUGCUUCUCUCUAAAAAGAAUGCUUCGUUGCCAAAGCUACCAUCAGAUGAUAGUUCUUCCCAUAAAAAGUCGGCUACUGAUAGCGCACCAACUUCUGUCGAAACAGAUACUGAGACAGUAAAGGUUCCACCUAUUCCUAAAACUACUCCUACUGUUCCUGCAAAAGCAUCAAGGAGAUCAAAUGAGAAAAAGAAAGAAGAAAGAGAAAGAAACAAGAAGUUACUUUACGCCAAGCUUACUGAAAUUUGUAGCCCUGGAGAUCCAAAAAGUAAAUAUAGGGACCUAAUCAAAAUUGGUCAAGGUGCAUCUGGUGGUGUGUAUAUCGCUCAUGAUACAGAAAGUGAGGACUCUGUCGCUAUAAAGCAAAUGAACCUGGAAAAGCAACCAAAGAAAGAGUUGAUCUUGAAUGAAAUAUUAGUGAUGAGGGAAAGUAAGCAUUCAAAUAUCGUCAAUUUUAUUGACUCUUACCUGGCUAAAGGUGAUUUAUGGAUUGUCAUGGAAUAUAUGGAAGGUGGAUCUCUAACUGACGUUGUUACGCAUUGCCUUCUAUCAGAAGGUCAAAUUGGUGCCGUUUGUAGAGAAACGUUGAAAGGUCUGCAAUUUUUACAUUCCAAAGGUGUGUUACAUAGAGAUAUCAAAUCAGAUAAUAUUCUGCUAUCCUUAAAAGGUAAUAUAAAGCUUACCGAUUUUGGUUUCUGUGCUCAAAUAAAUGAGAAUAACUUAAAAAGGACUACAAUGGUUGGUACACCAUACUGGAUGGCACCUGAAGUUGUUUCCCGUAAAGAAUAUGGGCCUAAGGUUGAUAUUUGGUCAUUAGGUAUUAUGAUUAUCGAAAUGAUUGAGGGUGAACCACCAUAUCUAAAUGAAACGCCAUUAAGGGCUCUCUAUUUAAUUGCUACCAAUGGUACGCCGAAAUUGAAAGAGCCUGAGGCAUUAAGCGAUACCUUGACGAAAUUCCUGGACUGGUGUCUCAAAGUUGAUCCUAGUGAGCGUGCCACUGCUACAGAACUUCUAGAUGAUCCAUUUAUAACUGAAAUAGCUGAGGACAACAGUUCACUUUCACCUCUCGUGAAACUGGCCCGUAUAAAAAAAUUGGAAGAGCAAGAGGAAGACGCUGGCACUGAUGAGACAGAACCAGAAACUACACCUGAUACCACUAUAUAG